GCUCCCCAGGCUGCACCACUGGCAAAAUGCAGGCCCUACUAUUCCUGGUGGCACUUCUCUUGCCUGCUGGAGCUGGAGCAGAGGAGAUUAUUGGUGGUGUUGAGUCUAAACCACACUCCCGUCCUUACAUGGCACAUCUGAAGAUCAUCACUGACAGAGGUUUAGAGGACAGCUGUGGUGGGUUUCUCAUAACCCCCCAAUUUGUGAUGACUGCUGCACACUGCAGAGGAAGAGAAAUCACUGUCACCCUUGGAGCCCAUGAUGUGAGCAAGAGAGAAUCCACACAGCAGAAGAUAAAAGUCGAAAAACAAAUUGUUCACAAAAAUUACAACAGUCUUUCCAAUCUCCAUGACAUCAUGUUACUGAAGCUUGAAGAGCAAGCUGAGUUGACUCCUGCUGUGGAUGUAAUUCCUCUGCCUGGCUCCUCUGACUUUACCAGCCCUGGGAAGAUGUGCUGGGCAGCUGGCUGGGGGAAAACUGGAGAGAAAGAACCUACCUCAAAUACACUGAGAGAGGUUGAACUGAGAAUCAUGGAUAAAGAGGACUGUAAAAAGUAUAGGCACUAUGAUAAUAACUUCCAGGUCUGUGUGGGAAGUCCCACAACAUUAAAAACAGCAUACAUGGGAGACUCCGGGGGACCUCUACUCUGUGCUGGGGUGGCCCAUGGUAUUGUAUCUUAUGGGCAGCCAGAUGGAAAGCCCCCUGCAGUCUUUACCCGAAUCUCCCCAUAUGUUCCCUGGAUUAAUACAGUCAUAAAAGGCAAAUAGCUGAUGUGUCUAAACAACCUGGGACAGAUUCUCCUAGCCAGAGCUCUCUGGUAUCCUCUGAGUUCAACAAAGUCUGUCUCCCAGACUGUCUCCAGCCUGCCCCCAGCCACUCUCCAGCUUAUCUUCAGCCUGCCUCUAGCCUGCCCCCAGCCUGUCCCCAGUGGUCCCUAAAAGCAUCUGAAAGUUACACAAGUCUGUGAUGAUUGUUUCUGAUAAAGUACCUCAAUAAAGACAUAACCUCCAGCAGCU